CGAAGACGCCUGGCAGAACAGCACAGACAACAUGAAGAUGAGACCCAGCGCCUGCACCCUGCUGAUAUGCUGCAGUGUAUUGUGGGUUGCGCCCUCUUCCUCCUCAUCGCCCUCCACUGUUAAGGCUUCUCCUCCUCACAGCUGUCACUCCAACCUGACGUUCUCCUCAGAGGUCAUCUCCUCAGCUGAAGGAAACGGGGACAUCCACGUCAGAUCUCUGUCUCCGUGGAUAUGGAGGGCGUCCACAGUGAAGAACCAGAUCAGCUCUACAAUCUGGGAGGCUGAGUGCGUUAGUUCCUUCUGUGUCAGUCCUAACCCAGAACAGGAAGACGGGACCAGCCUGAACUCAGUCCCCAUCUACCAGAACAUCCUGGUCCUCCAGCGGCAGGGCCGAGGAGGCUGCUACAGGGCAUCGUACCGGUCUGUGGCUGUGGGCUGCACCUGUGUCCGGACCAAAAGUAACUAA